AUGGCAAGCAGUAGUAAGAAGGUAAAGACAUACCACUUUCAUUCGGAAUGGGAAGAACAGUACUUUUUUACAGAAGUUAAAGGUAAAAAUGUGUGUUUGUUAUGUAAUACUUCGGUCUCCGUUGCUAAAAAAGGAAAUAUUGAGAGACAUCAUACAACUGUACAUUCUAAUUUUGAAAAAUCAUUCCCACUACAUUCUGUCGCCAGAAAGGAGAAACUGAAACAGUUAAAAAAUCAGUUAAUCGGACAACAAUCAAUAUUUUUAAGAACAGUCGACAAAAAUAAGGCUGCAACUGAAGCAUCGUACCGUGUGUCCCAGAUAAUUGCACAAAAAAAGAAACCUUAUGAAGACGGGGAAAUGAUAAAACAGGCGUUUUUAGAAGCUGCUGAUUCGUUAUUUGCCAACUUUAGAAAUAAAGACGAGAUACUUUCAGCUAUAAAAUCUAUGCAACUUUCUGCUAAUACAGUGAUGAGACGUGUAGAAGUAAUGAGCAAUGAUAUUUUUUUACAGUUAAGAACUGACUUAGAUAACUGUGUUUAUUUUUCACUUCAACUGGAUGAAUCAACAGAUGUGGUUGAGACUGCCCAGAUGGCCGUGUUCGUCAGGAUGGUUUUUAGUGAUUUUACGAUUAAAGAAGAUCUUUUGAAGUUUAUUCCACUGAAAGGAUACACUACUGGACAGGAGUUGUUUUCUCAUUUAAAAAAUAUUAUUUCUUCCGAGAAAAUUCCAAUAUCGAAAAUGGUAGGCUUGACAACCGAUGGCGCUCCAGCUAUGGUGGGUUGUGAUAAGGGUCUGGUGGCGUUAUGUCGUAAAGAUGAAACUUUUCCGCAAUUUCUCUCUUACCACUGCAUUAUCCAUCAGCAAGCAUUAUGUGGAAAUUUUCUGAAACUAAACAACGUUAUGAAACUGGUGGUAAAAAUUGUGAACAAGAUUAGAGCUCAAGCAUUACAAAGAAGAUUAUUCAAAACUUUGGCCGAUGAAGUCGACUGUCAAUACGGGGACCUACUCCUUCACUCUGGAGUCCGAUGGCUAAGUAGAGGACGAGUGCUGAAACGUUUUAAUGAUGUCCUAUCUGGCAUAGUUCAAUUUUUCAAACAACGCGAUGAACCGAUUCCGGAACUAGAAAAUUCAAUCUGGCUUCGGGAUUUUGGUUUUCUCGUGGACAUUACAGAGAAAUUAAACGAACUUAAUUUGCAGCUUCAGGGGAGAGACAAAGAACUAGCGGAAAUGAUUUCUGAUAUAAAAGCAUUUAUCAGAAAGCUGGAGUUUUGGGAACAAAACCUAAUUAACAGCGAUGCCAAGCAUUUUCCUAUUCUUUCAGAAAAGAUAUCUCAAAAUCCAUUAGAACCCUAUGACAGCAAAUAUCAUGUAGAAAUAGUUUCUACCUUGAAGAAUAACUUCAAAAAUCGUUUUAAGGACUUCGACGAAAUGGCUUUAGUAGCGCAGUUUGUUGGUUCACCCUUUAUGGAAAUUGAUAUCCAACAGUUUGCAACUUGUGUUAUGCAGAACUUUGGCGAAGACAUCGCUGCAACAGAAAUGGAAGUAAUUGAGUUUCAAAAUGAUUUAGCCUUAAAAUCGUUAGUCUCAAGUACCAAAUGUAUCUGGUCUAUUGUAAGCAAAGACAAAUAUUCAGUUCUAUGCCGUGUUGCCUUGAAAGUGAAAGCAUUAUUCAGUUCAACCUAUUUGUGUGAAUCUUCUUUUUCCAAUAUGAAGUUUAUUAAGAACAAAUAUCGCAAUCGACUUACAGAUGAACAUUUGGAUAAUUGUAUUCGAAUGGCUGUAUCAAAUUAUACUGCAAACAUUAAAAAAAUUAUCGAUGAGUCUGAGUGUCAGCCUUCCCAUUGA